CCCCAUACGGCGCGAGGGCAGUAAGAGAACGUUUUCGUGUUGUUUCAGUACAGUUAUAGUUUCGUUCUCUGCUGUUGCAUAGGACCAUACAUCUGUUUUGUUCUUUUGUUUACAUCUGCCGUCUGCAUAAAGUGUGUCAACGUGAAAAUCUUAAGACAGAACCUGGUCAACUGGUCAAGCCUGUGGAUUUCCUCUGGCACUAGUGCUGUCUUGUGAAACGAAACCAUGGGGAAACAGAACAGCAAGCUCCGGCCUGAGGUGAUGCAGGACCUGUUAGAGAGCACAGACUUUACAGAGCAUGAGAUCCAGGAAUGGUACAAAGGCUUUCUAAGGGACUGUCCCAGUGGCAACCUCUCCAUGGAGGAGUUCAAGAAAAUCUAUGGAAACUUCUUUCCUUAUGGAGAUGCCUCGAAGUUUGCAGAGCACGUUUUCCGUACGUUUGAUGCAAACGGCGAUGGUACCAUUGACUUUCGGGAGUUCAUAAUUGCAUUGAGCGUCACGUCACGAGGAAAGCUUGAACAGAAGCUUAAGUGGGCUUUUAGUAUGUAUGAUCUGGAUGGAAACGGCUACAUCAGCAAAUCAGAGAUGCUUGAGAUCGUGCAGGCUAUUUACAAGAUGGUGUCAUCAGUGAUGAAGAUGCCAGAGGACGAGUCCACACCUGAAAAGAGAACAGAAAAGAUCUUCCGACAAAUGGACACCAAUCGGGAUGGAAAACUGUCUCUGGAGGAGUUCAUCAAAGGCGCAAAGAGUGACCCAUCCAUUGUUCGUCUGCUACAGUGUGAUCCCAGCAGUGCAGGACAGUUCUGAGAUCAGCGUCUCGUUCUUCAACCUUUUAUUUAUUUAUUGGUUUUAAAUUGUUUUUGAGAGUCACUCCUUCUGCUUGGAGGGAAAUGAUGCAGGGUCUGUUUUUUUUUUGUUUCUUUUUUUUUUUUUCAGAGUAUGGCAUCUGGGUCUCAUCAAACUGAGUUUGGCCAGAAAUAGUAACACACAUACGCACACACAGAGUUUUUGGCCAUGUUGUCUCAGUAGGGAGCCAUACCAGGUCUGAAAGAGGCAUGUGAUGGAGUGAACUAGAGCUGAAAUCUGAGCUGAAUUCAUUUCCUGAUAAGACAAGAGGUUUCAGAUCUUGUUAGGAACAUUAUCUGGGUACUAGUUGUGACAGUUUAAGCUUGACCAAGACAUGAAUAUAAAAUUGGAAAUCUUUCAUGCACAGUAGUGGAAUCGCUCUAGCUUGUGUCUACAAACACCUCAGCAUUGGUUAUGUAUUUGAGGUCGUUUUUCAAUUUCAGAUUGUGUAUCUCAAAUCAAAAGUUAUGACAACUUCAUAAUUGGCAGAUCACAGUACAGUUCUCCUAGGUGACCAAUACAUCAGGCAUGCAGGGUUCCAGUUGUAACAU